AGAGAGGGGGGAAAAGACAUUCUUUUUUUCUCCUGUGUGGUCUUUGAAAAGCAAGGCAACAGCAUCUUUAGACAAGAUGUGCUCUUGCAUCAAUUUAAGUGAAAGAGACAAAGAAACCAUGCCACCAGCAGCAUCGGAGAAAAAACCUGAAAUCACCGAGCAAUGAGAAUUCAGUCCAGACACUCUGAGGAGAAGAAAAAGCAAACUGGCAAACAGAGAUCAGUCAGGAAAUACUUCAUGUAGAAAGGGAUACAAAAAAUUUGAUGUUUGUAACAUUUUCACAGCAGAAUCACCGUAAAGAAAUUCUGUCCCGGAAUUUCCAUCAGGGAGUGACGAACACUGUGACUGAGAUCCACACAACAUUCCUCAGUGCGGCAGCUUCUCAAUUACCUCCUGCAAACACCUUCCCUUUCCACAGGGAGAUCAGCAUCAAGAGUAAAAAACAUCCGAGCAACAUCCUGAUGGGAAUAACCGUCCAAAACAUCACCGGAAACACGGCAAUGGUAAUUUGGCCRAAAAUGGCCGGCUGCGUGGACAGCUUUUACAGCAUCAUGUACCACCCUAACUGGAACAGCAUGCUAUCCAGCUACUCCAGAAAGAGCUUCCAGAAGGAAGAGAGGGUGCCCACYACUCGCUCCUCCUUUGUUGUUGAGAACCUGACUCCCCUCACGACGUACAUCAUGUGCGUGACCUGCCAGUCCGCAAACCCCUCCAGYGACCAGUGCAGAGUUUUUAACACCCUGGAACGAGACCCGGCAUCUGCGAGCAACACCAAGAAGGAGCUGGCACUGGGCAUCUGGCUCACCAGCAGCGUGCUGCUGCUCAUCAUCGCUGCAGUGCUGCUCUACGGCUGCCUGCACCUCCUGUGCCGCAGGCGACGCGAGCGCUUGCAGGAGCACAACGGGAGCUCCAAACAAGAGCACRGGGAGCCAUGGACCAAAAGCAUGGUGUACGCCUCGGAGGAGUCAGAGGAGUCCAGCAGGCACAGCCAACAGACACGGGACACUGAGGAAAAGCAUCUGAGUGGCWUCCAGCUGGCCACAAUCAUAGAGAAUCCCUCAGUGUGCAAUGAGCCAGUCCUGCCAUCUUCUAAAAGUCGGGAAUGUGUCCCAGUAACAGGACAGUGCUCUCCUAUAAAUUAGWAACCUUUGGGAGCGAGAAGAUUUUUGCCACGUACAGUACCCUGACUACUUCAAACACACCACAUGCACUGGUGGUGGUCACAACAGGGAGCUCUGAUUGCUCACUGCAGCACUCCUGGCUGUACUUCUGAUGUCRCACUCCUUUCCAGCAGCCUGUAGGCAUCCAGAGGUACUCAGAGGCAGCGGUUCACCUGCCCAAGAAGUGAGCAUUUCAGCCACCCUCCAUUAUUCAAACAUGAAGCAUGUAGCAAGUAAUUGGUUUACAUUUCAAGGGGAGUUUUUCAUUGUUUUUCUUUAGUCUAAAACACCAAACAAAUAUAAAAAGUAAUCAAAAAUGACCAAGAWUUUUUUUUUAACUAGCAUGAGUAAAACUGAGUAGAAGUUUUCAGAUGGCAACCCAGACUGCUACACUAUAGGCAACUGGAACAUACCCACAGAGUGCAGUGGUUUGCCAGCGUGAGUUUUAUCCUGACAAUCCCAACUGCUCUCUGCACCACACACUACAAGCUACUACACUCAGACUACACACUUUGCUGCCCAUGGUGUUGUGCAAAGCUCCCACCUGCACUGAGGUCAGGCUUGGAACGUAAGAUGAACUCACCAGGAUUUUAUAUCAUCCUCUCCUCUGUCUUAUUUUCCCUUGGUCUAAAUACAUGCAAGAUACUGACUUUGUAAGGAUGCUUCUAAUUAAGGAAAUAUCCUGGGUUAUCACAUUUUGCAUUCUUCUGCUCCCACCACAAGCUACCUUCUGCUCCASUGACUCCAUGCAGAGGAAAUGGAAUUCAGAGAUGCAGUUCCUGGCCCUUCCUUUUCUCUUUCCCUUUCAGUUUUAAUGAUAACACACAUUAAUCAGCUGCAAAUUUCUUUCCCAUUGACAGUACAUUCUGUGUAAUGAAGGGGGACAAAAUAAUAAAAACAUGCCAAAAUGCAUUUUAUUUUCAUAACAUGAAAACCUGCCGAUCAUCUCACUCUGCCUUGAGCUUCAUGGCAAAGUGCCAAGGUCCUUCGGACAGAAAUCUGUUCACCCUCCCAACAUGACAAGUGUUGUCUGAUUUACAUGUAUAAGUCACCCUGUUUUAAACCUCUUAAGUGCAUUUGUGUUCCACAAAAACAUAAUAAAUUUUGGUAUUGCUGUAUAUUAUGCCUAAAAGACAAAGGUGCACUGUGACUGCAGGCACUUCAUUGCGAUUGGUAUGUAUGUGUGAAGUCAGCUCUCACUGACACGGCUCGAGAACUGCUGGCAGGGCUGCUGCCAUCCCUCUCCACUGGGCCCUGGAAUAUAAGGGGGUGUACAAUUUUGGCAAGAGAGCUCCCCAUGAAUAUCUCACAGCAGGUAGCGGAUCUCUUCAGCUACUCUAUUUUGACAACAAUUCCCACGACUUGUGAAAUGCAUCAACUCGCCGAGUGCUGGGAAGAAGCUGGCAUAAGUGUGAUGAAUCUUCUUUACUUUUUUUUUGGACUAGGAUAAGCAUGACACACAGAACUGUUUGCUGAAUGGGGGCGAGUAUGACUUCUAGAAAACACUUCAAAAGGCAUUUUUAUUGUGUGAAGUUAGCAAUAAUGUGUUCUCCACCUKCUACUGAGCACCUCCUCCAGCUGACAUGUUUUCCUUUGUCUUGCACGUCAGUCUCAAAUAAACUGUGAGA